AUGAACACGUCGGAAACACGGCCGAUUGGCGAGCUACUUUCGACUGGGUGCACUUGGAAGAUCGGCAACAUUUCCAAUUUAUCGACCGGAAAUUACUACUCCGAAGUUUUUGUUUUUGGGGGCUGUAAAUGGAAGUUAAAGGCCUCCCUCUGUAACCGGAACGUCCCUGCUUUAACGUCAGGUCAUCUUGGACUGUUCCUGUGUAUCGCGGAUUCUCCAACCCAGCAGGGUAAAUGGUCCGUCGACGCAGAAGUUUCCUUGGGUGUUGUCGAUCAAACAAGCAAGGAGUCUGACAAAGCGAAUAAGAAGCAUUCCUUUACAGCUCAAGAUCACUGCUGUUAUGGAUCUUUCAUUUGUUUCAGUACUCUAUGCUGCCCGGAGAACCGGUAUCUUGUCAACGGUACGUGCGUGGUUGAGGUCGGUAUCACUGUUCAAAAGGUGGUCGGUUACAUGACGUACCCUGAUGACUCGAAGGAGGAAGCCACCGGAGGGCAGGGCAGCGCUGCAGCUCCUACCAAACUGAAUCUGUAUAUUGGUAAGGCGGUUGGAUGCCAUACGGAUCAGACAGCAGAUGAAAGCUGCUUCCCUCACGGUCUUCUCAUCAGAAUCCCUCAUCUCGAUCAUGUGGCGAGUGGUGUAGGGGACAGUGUGUUAAAGGAGCUGCGCUGGAAUGGUUCUGUAAGAGACGUGAAGAGAAUGACUUAUUAUUUUGUUCUGCAAUCUCUGUAUCUGCAAGGGGAUCACAAGUGGAAGAAUGAAGAGUGGCUGGCUGGGCUCAGAGAUGCGUUGGCAAUCAGCAACAGUGAUCACCUUGUGGAACUGAAGCGCGUCACUUCUGGGGAAUACUUCCGUACAUCUUCUUCUUCUGUAAUGCCCUAA